UAACAAAAACAUAUUUUUUUUGCACAACUCGGAGUUGAAAUCCCCACAUUUGGAAGCUGUCAAUGUGUUAGAUACACAAUUUUUAGCCAUCAUCAUGGUUUCCUGGACGAUUCACACAGUCCUUGACUUGCUUAGUGGCUGUUGGUUGCAAGGAUCACUCGAUUUAUGACCGUGAUAGGCUGGUCAUAACUAGAGGACCGCUGUUUUUUUAAAAAACAAAAUCCUGGCAUUUUUGGUUCGUUCCUAGUUCUUUUAGCCAAAAUCUUACACGGAAAAGUCGAGUAUCACGUUCCAAUUGGUCUCUUCCGUCUUUGCAAAGAGCGACGGUGGCUGGGGAGGAUGGUUUGUGUAGUCCGGUGGUUUGAUUUGGGCUUUUCUUUCUGGUCCUCAGAAACGGCUGUCGGAGGAAAUGGAGCCGGUGGUGCUCUCCUCCAGCUGGAACCACCAAGGCAAGUUCCUGCAGCAUUUUGCCCAGGAGGGGGCGCUGCGGCAUCGAAGGCAAGCUGAGAAAGGGAAGCGAUUACGGCCGUGCCGGGCGGGGAACAUCUGCGCUGCCCACUAUGAAGGUCCACUUCAACGAGGGGAAGACGGUCUACAUGAAGCUGGACGUGAUGUUGAGCGGACAGCUGGCCUUGCGCUGUUUGGAGCAGUUCCCUCCCACCAGCUCGGGACCCCGGGAAGCCGAACUACACGUCUGUCAGGUGUCCGGAUUGCUUCUCCUGCGUCCCGAAGCCUCCAUCCGUCUUCGCACCAUCCCGCACGUCCGUCUCAAAGCGGACCGCUACCUCACCUAUUUCGGCCUCUUCCAAGUCCACUGAGAAGAC